AUGCAGACUCUGUGCUCCCACACAGGUCCAGGAGCCAGCAGCACGCUUCCUACCCAGGCGCUGGGACUGGCAGGUUGGAUCUGGACCAGAGAAUGUCAAAAAGAAAUAGAAAGAGAGAAAAAAGAAUAUUAUAAAAAACAUCUGUCAUUACAAAAAGACCUGGAAGCGAAAUACCGGGAUACAAUCACAGAGAAUCGUCGCACGGUUGCUCACCUGGAGCUGGAGCUUGAAAAGGAACGCAACAGAACCCUGAGUUACCGUGAAGCCCUCGUGUCCCAGAGUCGCAAACUAGUAGAAGAAAGAAGGAUCCUUGAACAGGAGCAGGAGAAGUUAGAGCGAGAAAAACAAGUCCUUUUGCAUUCGGGAGCAGCAGGUAACUUGUACCAGAGUUGUCUGGCAAAGGAAGAAGAGUGGCAAAAGAGAGCUAAUAUUUUACUAAAAGAAUUUGAAGAGGGACUUAAAGAAAGACAGGACAUCUACUGCAGUCUUCUUGUACCCAGAAGCCAGAGACUAGAAAUAGAGAAAAGUCUGCUAGUUAAAGCAGCAACUGAUCCUGUUGCUAUGGCUCUACAUAUGGAAAGUGGCUUAAAAGAUAUUUUCAGACAUGAUCGCUACUGUGGCAAUCUGAUGAACAGGAACAAAAGUCAAAAUGGAAGACUUAUGUGGCUGUAUCUGAAAUACUGGGAACUAGCUAUUGAGCUACAGAAGUUCAAGAGGGCAGAAAAGGCCAUAUUAGGAAAACAAUAAGUGGGGGAAAUAAUGGGAUUUCAUGUGAUCCACCAUGCAUAGUAGGGGCAAUCUCAGUUGUAGUCCAAAGCUGUUAAAUUCUCCUGCUGUGUUUCCGUAUCUCCUCUUCGUUGCACUUGUAUUUGCAUGGGACGUGCAGUGUUGGUGCCUUUCCUUUCACUGUCUAACAACAGAGGCUUCGGUGAGCUACGCAUGCUCUU